UUCUUUGCAGACAGAGAGUCUGUGCAAAUUAUUUCUCAAGUAAACUAAACAAAUAUUAACUAAAAAUGUCCAUAGCGGGAAAUAUACUAUCAUCGAUUACUCGUGCCCUUUGGACUCCUCAAAUUACUGCUGUACGCUACAGGUACCAUGCCGACAAAAUUGCUCGCGGUCCGCUGGUGCGCCGGUAUGGCUACGAAGACAAAAUUCUUCAGCGAGGACUGUUACCUCACUUAGAUAAUGGCCAGAAGCUACCGAUGCCUGAUUACAAGCCAAAAAAUGCGUGGUGCGAGAAGCGGGCACUGUUCGGACAGAACGAUUACAUCGACAUCCUAGGCAACGAUAGGCUGCAUCCCACCCGUGUGCUGUAUUCUGUACCAUCCUGGUUACGCGGUGUUUCCGGCAACGAAUACCAAGUGCUGCUAAGAAAACGAAAGAUGCUGAGUCGAACAAUUUACCCCGUGGCCAGGCCUACUAAAUGGCGCGACUUGGAGAAACGCAUUUCGUACCUGUAUCGGUUCCUGAAUCGUAAAACCAAGACAGGCUACUCAAAUGUUUAAGCAUAAAUGUAUGAUUUAUGUAGUUGAGAACUAAUAAAAAAAUAGUUUUCAU